GCCAACUGUUGUGUGGUGUGUAGUGCUAAGAAAGUUUAUUACAAACAAAACAAUCAGUCAAGGAUCGACAAACCAACCAAAACAUUAAACAAAACAUAAUUAAAUAUUCUUUAAAAAAUAAAAGAAAACAAUCAAUAAUUAAUUAAAAAUGUAUUCUAAAAUCGUUUGUGUUGUAUUUGUUGCCACCUUUGUGUGCAGUGCUGUCGCUUUGCCCAAACAGGAUACCAAUGAAAAGGAUUUAGUGAACAUGAUCAAUAAGAUCGAUACUGAACCAUCGAUGCCAUUGUUUGGUGGUCUUCGUGUUGAACGUGUUGAAACCGGUCGUGCUUUCGGUGCCUCCAACAAAGCUGUUGAAUCCUUCGAAGAACGUGCUGAACGUUACUUGCAAUCUCACCAAUUGAACUUCUCCUUCCCCGAUACCGAUGAAGAGGAAGAAGAUGAGUUCAAUGGUCGUGCCAUGGAAGAACCCCGCAGCAAGAAAAUGAAGAAAAUGUUGUUGCCUUUGCUCUUGGCUUUGAAAUUGAAGAAGGCUGUCAUCGUUAAGGUACUCUUCAUGAUCAUCAAGUUCAUCUCCCUCAAGAGUUUGGCUAUCUCCUUCUUGGCUCUUUUCUUCGCUGGUGCCACUUUCUUCAAGGAUUUGUUGGGCAAGAAGAAGGAACACAUCACCACCGCUUACAUUACCGGCAGUCCCUUGAACGCUGAAAUUGUCCAUUCCGACUGGAACCGUAAUGGUCAAGCUGCUGCCUCUGAUUUGGCCUACAACCACUACGGUUUGGCUCAACCUUUCUAAAUUCUCUCUUCUAUCAACUAUCUUCAACAACCACUUUUUCUAAGUCUAUUCUCUUAACUAUCCUUUCCUGUUAUCUUCCUCUCUCUCUGUCACUCUCUCUAUUUUACUU